AUGUUUGGAUUCAACGAUGCCUGCGAGCUGCAGAUAGACCCAAACACAGCAAGCCGAGCCCUCAGAUUGUCCCACAACAACAUGACGGUGACAGCCUCAGACUUUCAGUUAUAUCCGAAUCAUCCAGACAGGUUCGACAGUUGGCCCCAGCUUCUGUGUGAAAAUGAACUGAGCGGUCGCUGUUACUGGGAGGUGGAGUGGAGAGGACUAGUGGACAUAUGUGUGAGCUACAGAGGAAUCAAAAGAAAAGGCAACAGCCCUCGAAGCAGGUUUGGAGGAAAUGAUCAGUCUUGGAGUCUGAGCUGCUUUCUUGACCGCUACGCUGUCUGCCACAACAACCAAGGGAAAGAGAUGUACUUCCCUUCCUCAUCCUCAUCCUCUUUCUCUAAGAGAAUAGCAGUGUAUGUAGACUAUCCUGCCGGCAUCGUGUCCUUCUACAGAGUCUCCUGUGACAGUCUGAUCCACCUUCACACCUUCAACACCACCUUCACCGAGCCUUUGUAUGCAGGCUUUGGCUGUGACUCCAGGCUGGGCUUUAACCUGAUGUUUAACAUCCAGUCCUCAGUGUCUCUGUGCAAGCUGUAGGAGGAUGAGUGUAAAUGAUGAAUCAGUCAAGUUCGUGCACUUUAAACAGAACAAAUAACAGUCAUAGUAAUGCAUUUUUGUUUUUUUACUGAUUAACAAGAGUUGGAAAAGCUGCCAGUUCUUCUCAGAGUAAUGCACAAUAUUGGGAAUAGAGAGUAUACAGCUGUGUUGUAAGCCCUUUGCCCAUCCUUGACAAAGGGCUUAUAACACAGCUGUAUAAAACCAAGGAAACAUCCUAAGAACACAGGAAACAGCAAAAUCCAUUAAAAACUGUGGAAACAAACUGAAGGCUGAAUGUGGGGCAAAGAGUUUGUUUGUAAUAAAACGUAGAAAUAAUCAUACUGCAGUUCUCACAGGUUCAGCAUUGAUCACGUGUUAUUACCUCUCCUGUAGUACACACAAGCAUGCAAGCUGGUUUCAUGGACUUCA